AUGGUGUCGGAAGCCCACUUUGUCUCCACUCUGACAGUCGUGUUUGUGAACUCCAAGUCCCUGUCGUCCAUCAAGAUCGAUGACACCCCGGUGGAUGACCCAUCUCUGAAGGUGUUGGUGGCCAACAACAGUGACACCCUGAAGCUUCUGAAGAUGAGCAGCUGUCCUCAUGUCUCCCCAGCAGGUAUUUUGUGUGUGGCAGAUCAGUGUCAUGGCCUCCAGGAACUGGCGCUGAACUACCAUCUCCUCAGUGAUGAGCUCCUGCUUGCCUUGUCCUCUGAAAAGCUCUGUAAGAGGUGUGGGUUUGCCAUCUAG